GAGACUUCUGCAAUCAAACUCACUGGACAGGCGUGGACACGAUUUGUCAAUGACUUAUUUCAAUGACGUGUUGCCGUCGCGCCAUUGGCGUCUGAGAGUGGCGUAAGGAGACUUUUCAGGGAACUUUUGUCUUUUGUUUUUUUACAGGAAGAGACAUUACACCAUCAAGCAUGGCAGAGCCGGCCGAGUUGCUGCUGAUCAAGGACCAGUAUGAGCUGGCCUUCAACUGCAUGAGCCGUGGCCUGUCGCUGGAGGAGGGCGGCGAUCACUCCAAGGCGACUGAGUGCUACUGCAAGGGCCGCGUGCACCUGGCACAGGGCCUGGCCGUGCCCACCAGGGGGGAGCGUCACCAGGGGCCCGCCUGGGAUCGAGCCCGAGAGCUACAGCGGCGGAUGGAGGGCGCCCUGGACACUGUCGGCCACCACCUCUCCGCCAUGGAUGCCUCGCAGACACCCCCUCCCGCCCAGAGGCGACGGCUGCUCAUGGACCUGACCCCCAGUCUCGAUCCGGCGCGGCACCUGUACCCCUCCGUCCCCACCGUCCUCCAAGUGCCACCGCUCCCGGAGAGGAACGCGUCGCCCGUGGCGGCCAGGCCCCCGGCCAGGCCCCCGGUGUAUUCGACCUGGCCCGCCGACGGCCACCGCAGCCUGGCCAGUGGGCCUGAGAGCGAGAGCGAGCUGCUCCUGAUCCCCUCGGGCGUGCAAAUGUUCUUCCUGUCCCCCAGCGGGCAGGUGAGCGCCCUGUCGCAGCCCGGGUAUCUUCGCAUCGUCAGCUUUGCUGCCUGGCCGCCCAAUGGUAGUGGGCCCGUCUUCCUGGACGUUUGCGGCUGGCUGCACCCGCUCACCCCGAACACGCCGGUGCUGCUGGCCCAGUCGGGCGUCUUUAUGCUGCCGGAUACGCUGGCGCCGAUGCCCGGCGCUUACAUCGGCGUGGUGCUGUCGGCGCGGCUGCCCGUUGCCGACCGAGAAAUGUUCCGGGACCUGGUGGCGCAGCUGGCCGACUUCCGGGUGCAGAGUCUGGAAGGCGCCGAAGUCAUCGACUUGAGCGGCACCGUCCCCCUGGGUUGUCUGGCUGAGAACUGGACCAAAGCGACUCUUCCUACUUGGAGCGAGAAGAUGGGCCAGGGAAUCGCUUCAGGGGCGACGCGCUUCGGACACGAGGUGGUCAGAGGUGCUGAAGCCACCACCAGGGCCAUUCAGAAGGGGGCGCUGAAGAUUCGGGAACACCUGACACCCGAGGAGACGCCCUCCGAAGUCAACCCGCACGUCAACAAGGGCCUGCAGGUGGCCAAGCAGGCCACGGGGGGCGCUCUGCGCGUCAGCCAGUACUUGGUGGAUGGUGUGAGCACGUUGACCGAACAUCUGGCGGAGAAGGUGGCCCCUCAGGUGAAAAAGCACGGCGCCAAGCUGAUCCCCGAGUCCAUGAAGAGCAAAGAGGGCGAGCCGUCCAACCUGGAGGGAGCCAGAUUUGUGGCCUCCAGAAGCAUGCAAGGCUUCACCGCUGUGUGGACCAGCCUGGAGACGGGAGCCAAGCUCAUCAGCCAGAGUGUCUCGUCAGAAACAGUCAACACGGUGACGUACAAGUAUGGCAACGAUGCGGGCCAGGCCACUGACACGGCACUGCGCUCAGUGACCAACGUGGGCGUGACGGCGUACAAUGUGGACAACUUGGGCCUGAAGGCCAUUUUGAAGACCACGGGCAUUGAGAUGGCUAAAGGCAUGGCGAAGAGCUCCAAAGGGAAAGAGACGGCGGGGGAGGACAUAACGUCUGGGACGCCGUCGUCGUCAACGCAGGGAGCCUCCAACGAUGACAAGCAAGUGCAGAAAGACAUAAAGAAGACUUGAUCGAGUCCACAGCUGCCGCUUCCACUUCGUCUCUGAGCACACUUUGCUCCUUUGUUGGAUUCUUUCGGGAAAUUCAACUUGUUUUAAACACAUAACUGGAACAAUGCUGUUGUUUUCUCUUGCUGUGCCAUGUCUUUGACUCGGGACAUU